AAGCGCAGAUCAGGAUGUGACUCAGUGCUUAAAGCAGCAGGAUGAAUAAGCUGCGAUUUAACCAGAAACAGAGUAUGUGUCAUCAUUAUCCCGGUUGUCGGGUCACACACACCCGCGACAAGAGGUUCGACGUGGAGUGUGGCGCUGAAGGUAAGUGGGCGUGGCUUCAGCACGCGACACCGGAACAAAAUCGAAAGGAAAAAAGCGGGUUCGUGACUGUAGUUUAUUAAUGGCUGUUCACCUGAGGACGUGCCUCGCACCUGGACGCUGCCACGGUCGGAUUGGCGCGUUUCGGUCGGUGUUUGUGUUGAGUUGUUUUGCAGAUGCAGGAUUCGAUCCAGAGCAGUAGACGUGGAGCCGGUUCGCUCUGCUCGAAGGCCGUUUGGCCGCUGUCGCCUGACAGUUUGUUCGAUUGCUCCGCUUAAUUGCCCCCCAGCAGUGAAAGGGAAUCAAAGCGCCCCCCCCCCCACGCUCGCCCCCGUGGAGCCUCCCACGCUCCACACUGUAAGAAAUGGGCGUCUGAUUCCACCUGCAUUCGUCCAUUUACAUGAAAUGGUGUAAAGGUCACCUGCGCAGACCGCGGCCGGAAACAAACAGAAAGUAGGAGCUGCCAGAAAAGAAGAAAGACUACAACGAAACCGCCCCUGCGCGUCGUCACGUCAGGAAGACGCGUUUCUCAGCAGUAGCACAGCUUGUUCUUCAGGUGGAUUUUUUGCAGUGUCCCGCUCGACCCCCGCCUCCUCCUCCUCCUCCUCCACCUUCUGUAUAAAAGGCGUCCCAGCUGUCGCGGUUCAGAGUUCAGCUUCGACGGGUCCCGCUCUGCUUCUGUUCCUCCAGACCGGCCCGGCUCGGCUCGGCUCGGCUCGGCUUCGAGACCGGUUCUCCUUCCUAGAACGUUGAGACCUUUAUUCCUCCAGGUGAGGCUCCCGUCUCCUGGAGCGCUAGGAUUUGGUUCACUUCUGCGUGGAAGCUGCGGUGCCGCUGCCCUGGACGCGCCAUGGAGCGUUUCUUGUUGUGCUUUCUGCUGUUUGGAUCGGCGCCCACGGUUCUCUCCUCCGGGGUGUUCGAGUUGAAGGUCGAGUCCUUCACCACCUCCCGCGGCGUCUGCAGCUUCCAGCCCCGGGACUGUCGAGUUUUUUUCCGUGCGUGUUUGAAGCACUCCCAGGACGUAAUCAACCCGGAGCCGCCGUGCACGUACGGGACAGCGCUCACCGACAUCUUCGGUGCCGACUCUAUCUCCGUGUCCGAGAGCGCGCCCAUCAAGGUUCCCUUUCACUUCAAGUGGCCCGGAAAUUUCUCCCUGAUCCUCGAAGCCUGGAACGCGGAGUCUUCGGGACUAGAGUCUAAAGAGAACCAGAACAACCUCCUGGUCCGUGUGGCGACCCGGCGCAGGCUGAGCAUCGGAGAGGACUGGUCCCAGGACGCGCACGUGGAGGCGCAGAGCGAGCUGCGCUUCUCGUACCGCGUGGUGUGUGAGGAGCACUACCACGGCGCCGCCUGCGCCGCCUACUGCCGCCCGCGCAACGACACCUUCGGACACUUCACCUGCGACGCGGAGGGGCGGCGCCGCUGCCUGGAGGGCUGGAGCGGGGAGUACUGCGCUGAGCCCAUCUGUCCUGGAGGGUGCAGCGACAAGGGCUUCUGCGAGGCCCCGGGCGCCUGCGUGUGUCAGCAGGGCUGGCAGGGCGAGCGCUGCCAGCAGUGCGCGCGCCACCCGGGCUGCCUCCACGGGACCUGCCAGCAGCCCUGGCAGUGCAACUGCCGGGAGGGCUGGGGCGGCCUGUACUGCGACCAAGACCUGAAUUACUGCACCAACCACAAGCCGUGCCAGAACGGCGCCUCGUGCACCAACACGGGCCAGGGCAGCUACACGUGCGCCUGCCGGCCCGGCUUCGCCGGCGUCAACUGUGAGGUCCAGAGCAACGAGUGCGACAGCGGCCCCUGCAGGAACGGCGGCAGCUGCACAGACCUGCAGAGCGACUACUCGUGCGCGUGCCCUCAGGGCUUCUACGGGAAGAACUGCGAGGUCAGCGCCAUGACGUGCGCCGACGGGCCCUGCUUCAACGGAGGGAGCUGCCUGGAGGGCGGCGCCGGCGGCUACAGCUGCCGCUGCCCCCACGGCUUCACGGGCUCCAACUGCGAGAGGAGGACGGACCGGUGCAGCAGCAGCCCCUGCGCUAACGGCGCUCAGUGUUUGGACCUGGGCUCCCGGGUCGUGUGCCGCUGUCGGCCCGGCUUCACGGGACCGCGCUGCGACACCAGCAUGGGAGCGUGCGCCAGCCAUCCCUGCCGCAACGCCGGCACCUGCGAGGAGCGCGGCAGCGACUUCGCCUGCAGCUGCGCACUGGGCUUCGAGGGCAAGGACUGCUCCACGCGGACCUGCGAGCGCUUCCCCUGCAGCAACGGCGGGACCUGCUUCACCCUCUUCACCGGGCCGGUGUGUCGGUGCCCGCCGGGCUUCACGGGAGCCCGCUGCGAGGCCGCGCCGAGGACCACCUCCACCUCCUCCUCCUCCACCACGACGGCCGCUCUUCCUCCGCCCGUGACCCCCCCCCCCGCGCUCAUCGCAGCCAUCGUUUUCGGCUCGGUGACGCUGGUUCUGCUGGUGUGCGCCGCUGCCCACGUUCUGCGGCAGCUGCGCAGAGGCAGGGAGCUCAGAGCUCUUUCCACAUCGGUGAAGAACGACCUGGAGAUGGUGAACAACCGCAGCGCGGUGGUCGGGGGCGGCGGCCCCAAUAAAGGACUGCCAGGAGCUGCCCUGAGCCUGAAGGAGAAGGAGGCCUUCCUCAACUCUGCAGGGCCGCUGAAAGUGUCCAACAAGGACGCGGCGCUGGCGGAGAAAGGCGGGAACAGCAUGGCGCUGUUCAAAAACAAAAUGGCGGACUGCAACCUGGUGAAGGAGGAGCAGCAUCUGGACAAGAACACUUUUGAGCAUAAGAAGUGUGACUCGUUCGUCGUGGUCCCGCCUCGAUGGGACAGUGUGUAUCAUCCAGUGUUCAUCAUCCCAGAGCAGAUGGAGCAGCGUGUGUUCGCUACGGAGGUAUAACCUCCAGAGUCUGAGCCUCCAGCUGAUGAACUUCUAUGAAGGUGAAGCUGUUCCUGUGCAGGACAGUUCACACUGAGGAUCUUUUUCACAAACUUUAUUUUAUUUAAUAUUUAUUACUGCUGCUGAGCAGAAAUAGGCAAGAAACGCGCUGUUUUCUGCUACUGACAAUGUUCAGAUGGUGAUGGACUGGAAAAGAAAGAAGGAGCAGAGACCGAAUAUCCGGCCUCAUUUGCACUAUUUAUCUUUUUUAUACUUAUAAAUAUUAAUAUAAUUUUGCCGUUUCUAUAUCUGAAUGUUGUUCGGAUUAAAUGUGAAGAGGAGUUUUUGGCCAAUAAGCAAUCAAGAAGAACGGUGCCUUAGCUUUGUUGCCUAAUGACUGUGGCAGCUGUUUCCAGGAGGCUUCAUUUAGGUCAAAGAGUCUGAACUAUUCCCGUCAGAGACUGACGAGUGACAUCCAUCCGUCCCAUUUACUUAUUGUGUGGUUUCAUCACUAUUAAAAAAAGAGGAAUCACGUCAACCUACAAUCAUGGUUCACUCCUAGAAACUCUCAAGUGCAUCUGGGACAAACGCCUGCCUUCAGAGCAGUGGGAUGAACCUGUCCUCACAGACGACGUGGAACCAGUCACCAGAUGAACGAGGAGCAGAACUCGCGUUGCUGCCUUCAUCAAGCUGAUCUGAGUCCCAACUCGUCACAGCCCGUUUGCUUCUGUUUUUAAUAUGCUGAAGAGCUCCAAAGAGUUUUACUCCUUCUUUUUUACUUAAUCCAUUUUGAUACCAAAAAUACGUGUUGUUCCUCUGUAAUGCUUUCUUUGAACUAUCUUCUUUAAUUUAAGACAAUGCAAUGUACAUAUCCUCCAGGAGAUGGUUUUCUUAUUUAAUUCUUUGCUUUGUAAGUAAUGUAUUUAUAUAAAACGGAGAACUGUAUAUAUGUCUGUUAACGUACCUAAUGCCUCCCAAUGAAGAAAUAUAUAUUUUCAUAAAUAAAUUUGAAAAUGACGA